UAUCACCCCUUAGCUUUGGCUUUAAUAUUUUGCUGUCUGAUAAUCGAGUGAUAUUGCUACAAUAAGUUAAGCGGUAAAAUAAUCUACAGAGAAUAAAGUGCUGGAUGAGACGCAAUUCAGCAAUCCGAAAUCGUUUGAUUACGAUUUCGAAGAUGAUCUCCGGAAACCGGCCGAUACCAACGAUAUAUACGAUGAAUUGGUACCCUAUCUGCCCACUUUUGUUCUGCACAAAAACGGAAAGGAUGUUGGAAGAACAAGUGUAAGUUUUUGGAAUCUCUUAAUGAUCCGAGCGGAUACAUUUGAGAUUAUCCGUAUGGAACUCUAUGAACCACUGGUUCCAAUAAUCACUCGUAAGAUGCCAGCUUGGUCAACGCCACCGCCAAAGCAAAAAUAUGUGGAACCUUACAGGCCAUUCUCACCAAGGCCACUGGAUGGUUUCAGGCCACGCCCUGGCCUUACAGGCCUUACGGCUCUAGUCGAUCAAAAGUAAGU